AUGACUGCCGUAUCUUCGUACGUGAAAGAAGAUCAUAGAACCUGGGAUCUCAAUUUGUUUAAGAUUCAGUUCGCACUUAACAGUGCUGUGAACGAAUCUACUGGAUUUACACCGUUCUUUUUGGUUCAUGGCAGAGAACCUAUAAUAAAUGGCUCCUUUUAUAAACAAACGGACGACUGCGAGUAUGAAGUUGCUAUGCCAAGAGAAGACUAUGCAGGGGAGUUUGGCGUCUUGAAGGAAGUGUUCGAGAAGGUACGUUCGCAUUUACUGAAGGCCCACGCUACGAACACCAGGUACUACAACCUCAGAAGACGUAACGUCAAACUUUCAGAGGGUCAGGAGGUGUGGCGCAAAACGUACAUUCAGAGUGACGCUGAAAAGUUCAAGGCUACCAAGCUUGCCCCAAAGUACGAGAAGUGCAUUGUCAAGAAGGUACUAUCUCCGCUUGUUUACGAGUUAAUUGCUCACAAUGGCAAGCCUCUCGGUACUUGGCAUAUCAAGGACAUCAAGGUUUAA